GGUCAGCCUGUGUCCACGAUGAACGCCUCGUGCUUCCUGCCCUCUGCUCAGCCGGGGCAGCCUAACAGCUCGGAGCUCCCGGACGCCCCCUCCUCCGGCAACCAGAGCGGCCGCGGGUACUGCGAGCAGGUGUUCAUCCAGCCAGGGGUGUUCCUGGCUCUGGGCAGCGUCAGCCUGCUGGAGAACGUCCUGGUGAUCCUGGCGGUGGCCCGCAACAGCAACCUGCACUCGCCCAUGUACUUCUUCCUCUGCAGCCUGGCCGCGGCCGACAUGCUGGUGAGCGUGUCCAACGCCCUGGAGACCAUCAUGAUCGCCGUGGUCAACAGCGGCUCGCUGGCCCUGGAGGACCGCUUCGUGCAGCACAUGGACAACAUCUUCGACUCCAUGAUCUGCAUCUCGCUGGUGGCCUCCAUCUGCAACCUCCUGGCCAUCGCGGUGGACCGGUACGUCACCAUCUUCUACGCGCUGCGCUACCACAGCAUCGUGACGGUGCGCCGGGCGCGCGCCCUGAUCGUGGCCGUCUGGCUGUGCUGCGGCGUCUGCGGCGUCGUGUUCAUCGUCUACUCGGAGAGCAAGAUGGUCAUCGUGUGCCUCGUCACCCUGUUCUUCGCCAUGCUGCUGCUCAUGGGCACCCUCUACGUGCACAUGUGCCUCUUCGCGCGGCUGCACGUGCGGCGCAUCGCCGCGCUGCCCCCCGCCGUCGGGGCGGCCCCGCCGCAGCGCUCGAGCCUCAAGGGCGCCGUCACCAUCACCAUCCUGCUGGGCGUCUUCGUCAUCUGCUGGGCCCCCUUCUUCCUCCACCUCGUGCUCAUCAUCACCUGCCCCACCAACCCCUCCUGCGUCUGCUACGCUGCGCACUUCAACACCUACCUGGUGCUUAUCAUGUGCAACUCCGUCAUCGACCCGCUCAUCUACGCCUUCCGCAGCCCCGAGCUGAGGAGCACCUUCCGCGAGAUCCUGUGCUGCUGCCCCGGCGUGAGCCUGGGCUAG